CGAACCGCUCUCUCCUGUUAUCGACCUCUCGACAGACCAUAUCUAUAACGAUACUGCUAUGGUGGCUCGCCUCCAAGCACCGUCACUACACACAUUGCUUUGGUCACGAGAACAAGAUCAGAAGUACCCGUGGACGAAGGAACAGAAUGCAGCAAAUGCCAUUCUUCACACUUUUGGUGCAGCAGUGGCAGAAGCGACUAGGAGAGGAGAGCGUAGAGAUUUGAAAAGGCAUCCCGUAGUCGUCAAGGGUGUACAGUUGGUAAACGGUAACAUGGAUAUUGUAACAAUGCAAUUAAACACGCUCAGUUUGGAAGAGAACGAUCCCAUAAAGAAUGUCGUCUGGGUAGAGAAAGUGAAUGCCUUUUCUGUAAUUUUGUUUCCUUUGCAGUUUAUGUCAGAGCAGUUAAUUUUGCAAAAACACGUGAAGUUUUUGAUUAGGCAUCUGAACGUUUUUCCUGAGCAGUACUGUACGCUAGACACAAAUAGGCUUACGCUUCUGUUUUUCGCCGUAUCAGCGCUCGACCUGCUGGGUGAGCUGGACAAUUUGUUGACAGAAGAACGGAGAACUUCGAUAAUUGACUGGAUAUACCGCCUUCAAGUCACAUCUGGUAGGUAUCUAUUUGCAUGAAA